UGUACCACAUUCACAAUCAUGGAGGAAACAGCUUCAGCUUUUAAUUCCAGCGAAUCCCCAGAUGUGGAGUGUAGUGCAUGCACUGGAUGGAAGCGCAAAGCAGAACAGACCUGUCUGGAGUGUCUUUCUUCAUACUGUGAUUUUCAUCUUGACCUUCACAACACUCUGCAUGUUGGAAAGAGGCACAGACUAGUUGAGGCGACUGAAGAAUUGCAGGAGAAAAUCUGCCCUCAUCACGACAAGCUCCAGGAGGUCUACUGCCGUACAGACCAGCAGUGCAUCUGUCAUCUGUGCAUUACUGAUAACCACAGAGGUCAUGAUGUCAUUGCAAUAGCAAAUGAAGUGAUGAAUAAGCAGAUCGAGUUGAUAGGGUUGCAGAGCGACACCACUGACAUAAUGAAAGCAAUGGAGAAAGACAUGCAGGAGCUGAGAGGAGCUGUUGAGGUUUUCAGGACCUCAGUCCAGGAUGCGCUGCAGAAGAAUGAGAAAAGCUUUACUGAGUUGAUCCAGUCUAUGAAGGACAUUCAGAGCAAAGUGACAAAGUUGAUUGAAGGUCAGGCGGAGGCUGCGGAAAAACAAGCGGAAGAAUUCAUAGAGGCAUUGCAGCAGGAGAUCAAUAAUCUGAAGGAUGUAGAUGCUAAACUACAACACCUGGAGCUGCUCUCUCGUUCAAACAAUGAUGUCAGGUUUCUUGAGAACACUGUGCAUUUGCCCUCUUUGGCUGCCUAUAAGAAAUCUUUCAUCCUCCUUCAGCAUCCAUACUGUUCAUUUGACCGUACCACUGAAGCAGUCACUGAACUAAUAUCAAAGCUAAAUAUAAACAGCAGGUGGAGUUUAAUUACAAUCUCUGGAAGAGUGAAAACCACUAGAAUUGUGACGCAUCCACCACCUCAGACACGAGAGGACUUUUUACACUAUGCAGCAAAGCUCACUUUUAAUACCAACACAGCACACACAAGCCUCCGCUUGUCAGAUGAGGACAUGAAGGUGACUGCUUCACAUUUGACUGUGGACUAUCCUGAACACAAAGAGAGGUUUGACUCCAGAGCACAGAUCUUGUGCAAUGAGGCCCUCAGAGGGUCCCCGCAGUAUUGGGAGGUGGAGUAUGGUGGCGGGUGCUGGGUCUGCAUUGCUGUGUCUUACAAAGGAAUUUGUAGGAAAGGAAAACGAGGACCACUAUUUGGGAGAAACUCACGAUCAUGGGGACUACGUUGUGAUGUGCUUUCAUUCAAAUUCUGGCAUGACAAUAAGGAGACAAAUGUUAAAAAAUUGUCUCGUUGCUACAGAAUAGGAGUGUAUUUGGACCACAGUGCUGGGAUUUUAGCGUUUUACAAUGUUUUGGACAACAUGAGUGUUAUUUAUAAGGCUCAGACUGUGUUUAGUGAGCCUGUCUAUCCUGGGUUUGGACUGGCAGGGAAAGGUGCUUACGUGAGAUUUAUGUGUAAAUGAAAAAUUACACUGUAACAUCCCCUUUAUCUGGAUUUUGCGUUUUCAAUUGUAAAUUGCAGUUGUAAAUUUAAGAUUAUAAGAUUAUAAAUUCUGUUUUCAGAUUUGUAUUUUUAAAAUUUGUAUAGACAGCUCUAGCUUGAAAGGAGUGGUGCAGUUUUCACAUUCACACACUUGGUGGCAGCACUAGAUCAAUUUUAAAUGUAAUCUUUUUGGUUAAGAAUUCAUGGUUAAGAACACCAAACCUGGAGAUAUCGUGUACCCCACAGGAAUGUUUUUUGCUCAUUGGUUGCUUUAAGAUAAGGAGACAUAGUUGUGUUUCUUGAUUAAGUGUCAGCAGUUUAUCAGACAUUUCUCCUUAAACUCCUUAGGAAAAAUAAAAGUAGACACAACUGAGACAUGAGAAAUAUCUGAGACUUAGUUGAGAUUCUUAUUUAUCUCUCAUUGUAGUAUCAAUGUUUUUCACAUUCAUUGGACAUGACCGUGGGAUGAGAGACCGGAAUGAGAGAGGAAAGUACCUUUAGCUGGGAUUCGAACUUGUGCUGCCUGAGGUGCUGCUGUGCUUCAAUGUUGAUGUGCUGACCACAAGGCUAUGUUUCUGACAGGGAUUUAUCUUAGUUCAGGAUAUUAAGGGCUGAUUAUUAUCUUACAUGUCUCAUUUAUGUAUCAGCUUUGUCUUCCGGUGCCAGCUGCAUAUAAUUAGUUGAAUAGUUACUUAAGAACAAGUAGUUGCCCUGUAAAUAUUUCAUACUAAGUAUAGUUUAACUGAAAUGACUUACUGAUAUAAAAUUAUAAUGAAACUUUACUUGGAGUACUACUUAUACACAAUGCACAUUUCUGUGUUUUAAAAAAAAUGUUUUCUAAUGUCACUUUUAAAACAGAUUUUAUGAUUUUUUAAUAAAAUCAAUCCUUCAAUGCAAGAAAUUUAAAGUGUACCUGAAGCAUACUUGCAAUAGUUCCACUUUAGCACAAUCAAAUACACUUAAAUGUAUCUUUUCUUUAGUUGGACUUCAGCACUAUUUCUGCACAAUUAAAGUAUAUUAACAAAAUUAGUUGUUCCAAUU